CUGCUGGCGCUGCUGGCGCAGGCCUGGCCGGCCGAGGCCGACCCGAGGCCGGCGCUGUGGCCCAUGCCGCUCUCGGUGCGCAUGUCCUCGCGGCUGCUGCACGUCUCCCCGGAGAACUUCUUCAUCCGCCACGGCCCCAACUCCACGGCGGGACCCUCCUGCUCCCUGCUGCAGGAGGCGUUUCGGCGAUAUUACGACUAUAUUUUUGGUUUCUACAAGUGGCAUCAUGGCCACUCCAGAGUCCGAGCUGGGUCACAGCUGCAGCAGCUUGUGGUUUCAAUUGUCCUGGAGUCGCAGUGUGACAGUUUUCCCAGUGUGUCUUCAGAUGAGUCCUUUUUACCUUCUGUAGGUUUGGAGACCUUUAGCCAGUUAGUUUACAAAGAUUCUUUUGGGACUUUUACCAUCAGUGAAUGCACGAUUACUGAUUCUCCAAGGUUUCUUCAUAGAGGAAUUUUAAUUGAUACAUCCAGGCACUACCUGCCAGUUAAGACUAUUCUUAAAACUCUGGAUGCCAUGGCUUUCAAUAAGUUUAAUGUCCUCCACUGGCACAUAGUUGAUGACCAGUCUUUCCCUUAUCAGAGCGUCAGUUUUCCUCAGUUAAGCAAUGAAGGAAGCUAUUCUUUGUCUCAUGUGUAUACACCAAAUGAUGUCCGUAUGGUUCUUGAGUAUGCCCGCUUACGAGGGAUUCGAGUCAUACCAGAGUUUGAUACUCCUGGACACACACUGUCUUGGGGAAAAGGUCAGAAAGGCCUCUUGACUCCAUGUUCCACAUACAGGAAUGCAGAACUAACUUUUGGGCCUAUAAACCCUAUUCUAAAUACAACUUACACGUUCCUUACGACAUUUUUCAAAGAAAUUAGUAAUGUGUUUCCAGAUCAAUUUAUUCAUUUGGGAGGAGAUGAGGUGGAAUUUCACUGUUGGGCAUCAAAUCCUGCAAUUCAGAGUUUCAUGAAGACAAAAGGCUUUGGUAGUGAUUUUACCAAACUAGAAUCUUUCUAUAUUAAAAAGCUUUUGGAUAUUAUUGCAUCUCUGAAUAAGAGAUCCAUUGUCUGGCAAGAGGUUUUUGAUAAUAAAGCAAAGCUUCACCCAGGCACGAUAGUUGAAGUGUGGAAAUACGAAGAUUUUUAUGAAGAACUAAGGAAAGUCACAGCGGCUGGCUUCCCUGCAAUCCUUUCUGCUCCAUGGUACUUGGAUUUAAUUAACUAUGGGGAAGAUUGGAAAAAAUAUUAUCAAGUGGAACCUUUAAAAUUUCAUGGUUCUGAGACGCAGAAACAACUCGUCAUUGGUGGAGAGGCCUGUCUGUGGGGAGAAUAUGUUGACUCAACUAACCUCACUCCAAGAUUAUGGCCUCGGGCAAGUGCUGUUGGUGAGAGACUCUGGAGUCAAAUGGAUGUGGUGGAUAUCCAAGAUGCCUACGACAGGCUAACACAACACCGCUGCAGGAUGGUUAGACGUGGAAUAGCUGCACAGCCCCUCUUCACUGGAUACUGCAGCCAUGAUCAAAUCUAACAAGGAACUGAAACAGAGCAGGAGGGAAAUCCCACAACUACCAGCACUGCAGUCAUUGUGCAAUCAUGUCAAUUAAGAUGUUAGGCCUUAUUUUGAAUAAAAUAUUUUAUUGAUUGAA